AUGCCUAAGCCACCGAAGAGCAAGGAACCGAAAAUCCCUCCCGAAGAGGCGCGCCAUGCUUUGCUGCAGCAACAAGAAGAACAGGCUGCCGACGAACAGCGACGGCUCCGGGAAAAGGCCGCACAAAAUCUGAAGGAAUACAACCAGCGCCGAGUGCUGUUGGUGGAAAGUGUAAAAUUAUUUCGCCGGCUCGAAAAAAGUGCCUCGGACUACCGACGUCAGCAAGCGGACCGGAAAGAGUGGUCCGAUUUUGUGUCCUGCCGUAAGCCUCCCGAUCCGGCCAGCGCCCCGGAGCUUCGGGCGGCCCUGUACCAGUGGACGUAUCGGCGCGAGCAGCACGAAAAGAGUUCCGUCAGCUGGACGCUGGCGGCCGACGAGCGAAGCCCGCUGACGCAGGACACGGCUGUGUCGGAGCGAAAAACGACCCGGCAAGAUCUGCGGCAACUGUACCGGAACAUAGGCGCAAUUUAUGUCCCGACGGUCCGCGAGGCCUUGGCGGUGCUGAAAUCGAUCGAAGACGGCGUGGCCGGUGCGGAGCCGCAGCCCGAAGUGCUGCUGGCGAGGGACGAAAUCCGGAAGUUCAUUAGCGAUUCACUGGACAGGAUGACCUUUCGUGUUGGCAGCAACCUAGCUCGAGAUAUGGAAGUCCUGGAUCCGGUGAUGUGCGAGUUUCAGUACGCGAGCGACAUUGUGGCCAUUUAUUUUUGGUCCUUUCGCCAUGUUCCUCUGCCGCCAGAUUAUAAUCUUCUUAUGAAAGCGGUGAAUAUGGCCCCGCUCCGGCUCAUCCUGCACCGGCCACCGGGGUUUGAUUUAAAGAACGCGCUGAUCCGGGGCCUCUGGCACGGGUUCGAUCACUACAGCAGUAUGGACCCGACACGGGUUGUGGGGCCGCUGCCGGCACCGGCCAAGGAGCUCAUCGCGGCCCAGGAACUGGAGUGGAACGAACGGCAGGAAGUCAGGCGGAAACGUCUGACAGCUUUGCGCCAGCUGCGGGAUGAUUACGAAAACGAACAGCGCCGUAAGCAAGCCGAAGCGGAAGCCCUGGCAGCCGAGCAGCAAAAGCCCGGCGCAUUCGGCGGCCCGCCAAAGCCUGCCGGGGGCAAAGGCAAAGGGGUCAAGAGGGGGGCCAAAAAAGGGAAAACGAAACAAGGACCGGAACCGGUAGCGGUUCCGGCAGUGAUUACGGGCGAAACCGAGGUCGACAUAGACGACGAGUACGAGCGCCAGCAAAGCGAUCAGUUUCGGGACACUUUGGAGCCAAUCGGCCCAAAGUCACUCCCGCUGAGGGACGGCUACCUGAACCUGCGGGAGUACGGCAUCACGGGCGGGGUCUACAAGCUCACACGCUUCGCUAAACUGCCGCAACCCGUCGAGCUGCGAUCGGAUUUCAUCUUCACCUGCAAACCGGUCGGUCUGGACCUGUCAGAAAGCCAGCCGGAAUAUAGGGCACUCGAAAGUGACGAGGUGAUUAAAAUUGAACUCCACCUGCCGGCCGGCUGUUUCUGGUGGGAAGAACCGACCGUGUGUCGCUGGGAGCCGUGGGAAGAAAGUGACACAUUCCGGCAGCUAUCCCCAGCCGUCCAACGAUUCCAUCUCCAGUACGAUCAGAUCCGAGCACACGAAGCGUCGCGCCUGUUUACAGCCAGGGCCACGGGACCGAGGCAGACGAAAGUUGUGCCAGACUUCCGGCUUGUGGAUGUGCCGGUCGAAAUCAGACGGCACUACCUGAUCCGGGAACACAUAUUACCGCGCCUCCCGGAAGGAUAUCGGUUCCACGCGGAGUUGAAACAAUUGUAUUCCAUUUUGCGGGAAAGGACCACACGACGGAAGGCGCUCGACCGGGAGCAGCUGGCUCGGAACGAACUGAUGCUGAAGUAUGAUCGAUUUCUGCAGGCUAAUCAGCAGCCCCGGGAGUGGCCCUCGUUCUCGGAACUACGCCUUCCCACUGAAGCUGACAUCGGUUCGGAGCGCAACGCCGUGGCCGACUCCAGGCGAAAGACCCCGAACGCUGUAAUGGAUGCAAAAUUGGACCACCUUUCACUGUUACAUCCAGCGCAUCCUCGCUAUCUGCACCCUCCACAACCCGUCGCGCGUCGUCCGCUGACCGUGGCCGCCAAGGACCCUGACAGCACGGCGCAAACCAUGGAGGAGCUGGAGCGCUCCCUCGAAGCGUGCAUCUCCGCGGACGAUGACGAGGCCGGCGAGCGGUUGUGUGAUAUGUUUUCGACAUUCCUGAACCUGCUCGCGUAUUUGCGGGACAAGGAGAAGCCAGCGUUCCCAUCGCUUCCAGUGCCGGGAGCGGAGGAUCCGGUGCCGACCGUGAAACACGUGUCCGUCAGAGCUGGCACACGGGAAUUCAAACAUCGGCACCUGGCAUCGAGGCCGUCCAGUAGAAAAUCACUCACUCAAGAACUGAGAGGGCGUCCCCAGGAACCAAAGCGAACCCGGAAACGUAAGAAAUCGCUAACGAAACGAUCCCACUCCGUGGCCGUGGAACAGCCUGACCGGGCGACGAGCGAAGACCGCUCGAAGACGGAUGGGAUCUUGACGCGGAUCGAACACGAACCGGGCCGUUGGUCGACCAAAGCGAUCCACAGCCAAUCGUACGAUCCCGUCGGCAGAGUGUUAACCUUUUGGACCGACCGGCUUGGAGUUUAUGGGUUGGCUGCCCGUCGAUACAGUUUACUACCCCUUCGCCAGUGGGACAUGCGACGCCUGGGGCGAGUAGCCGAUCUGACAACCGUUAUUUCACUCCGAACCGGGGCCGGGCUUGAAAUUGUUUUCUCCGUCACUUCCGGAGGCUACCGGGUGCAGGUUGGUCAGGAACAUCGGGAACCGCCCAACGAGGAGGUCGUGGUCCCCCGGCACGACGAGCUGUCUCUGGAGGAGCUCCAGGAGCUCCUGGCCACGCUCAAUCUGCAUCUGUUUCCGCAACCAGACACCUGCUUCUACACCACCGGAAUGCCAGCUGGGGCUCACAAGCACGAACCGAUGGAACUCCACAAUCUGCGAUGUUUGGCCGUGUUUUGUUUAACCCACCACUUCCGCCACUGCCUGUGGAACCGAUAUGCCGAUCGGCGCACGGCACUCGUUCGGUGCCGCCAGUUGAUUGAAGGGCGCCCGGAACCGGAAUUGGAAACCAUCAAGAUAACGCCCCUCGGCGUACUGACGGUCGAAGUGGAGGAGCUUUGUUCGCCCACCCUCGAGCAGAUCCUGCUGGCGUACCAUCCGCGACCCGCGGACCAAAGCUACAACGCCGACGGUUACGGUCUGCUGAAGGGCACCCUUGAAGAACCCUCGCGGAAGGCGCUCGCUAAAACGCCGCCCUUGCUCCAGUGGAACGUUGGCCAGCUCUUGCAGAAGCUACGACUGCUAAGCUACUCUUGA